UAAAAUUCUUUUUUUCUCCUUCUCUCUCUUUCUAGCUUUCUCGAAAAGAAAAAUUUGAAAGAAAAAGAAAAAAAAAGGAGAGAUGGAACCAGACGAUACCCCUCACCACCACCAUCACCACCACCACCACCACCACUCUCUCACUCCAUCUUACUACUCCACCUCAGCACAACCCACCGGCAACAAUCCCAACGCCGGCGGCGGGCCUGCUUCCUCAUCCGCCGGUGCAAUUACUCAUUCUCCGACCAAUGGUCUCCUGCCUCCCCCGCCGAACAGCAGCGGUGGCUCCGACUCGGCCUCCGCUCAUCACAUGGUCUACCCUCACUCCGUAGGCCCCUCCUCGGCCGCAGUGUCUCAGGCGCCGGUCGAUCCGGUCAGGAGGAAGAGGGGCAGGCCGAGGAAGUACGGGACUCCCGAGCAAGCUUUGGCGGCCAAGAGGACGGCGGCGGCUUCCUCUGCUUCCAGUGCUAGGGAGAAGAGGGAGAGCGGCGGUUCUGCUUCGUAUCCUGGCUUCUCGAAGAAGUCCCACCACCACUUGGGUACUCCCGGUAACACGGGAGUCGGUUUUACUCCACAUAUAAUUUCUGUAGCUGCUGGCGAGGAUGUUGCCCUCAAAAUUAACAUGUUCAUGCAACAAAGUAAGAGUGAGACGUGCAUUUUGUCUGCAUCUGGUGUAAUCGCUAGUGCAUCGAUUCGCCAGCCAGCGACACAAGGAGGCAACAUCACUUAUCAGGGUCGGUUCGAGAUCAUCUCACUGGGUGGAUCUUACAUAAGGUCUGAAACUGGAGGUAGAACUGGUGGGCUUAGUGUAUGUCUGUCUAGAACCGAUGGCCAUAUUAUUGGGGGAGGACUUUGUGGACCUCUAAUUGCCGCAGGCAAUGUUCAGGUAUAUGAACCACUAUAUUUGCAACUAACUAACUGGUCUGUCUGGCUGACUGGUUCUUUGCUAUUGUGUUCGGAAGAAUUGUUUUUGGAAACCACAGUUGAGUUUCUUUCUCCGCAGGUUAUUGUAGGAACAUUCACCCUUGAUAACAAGAAAGAUGGUGGUGGUACUAGUAGUAUGAGACCAAUAGAUGCUGCUUCUACUGUUGUUAAGUUGCCAUCCCCGGUUGGUGGGGGACCAUCCUUAUCUGGUAUGAGCUUCCCUUCCCCAGUUGAAUCUACUGGGAGGAAUCCAGUCCGUGAGAAUGACGACAACCAUCAAAACAUGGGAGGAGGCGCACCUUUCAUGAUUCACAACAGGGCGCCGAGUAUGCACCACAUGGCAUUGGAUUGGAGGAGUGGCCCGGAUCCUAGGGCUGGCGGCACUGGUUAUGACUUGACAGGAAGAACAGGAGGUCUUGGAGGGCACCGGUCGCCUGAAAAUGGCGACUAUGAUCAAGUUCCAGAUUAGGUUUUUGAGGAAGUUGUGCUUCUUUUCUGACUGCUGCCCUUUCUGCUGUCUUCGUCCUCUUCUUUCUUCAUCUUUCUUUUCUCCUUAUAUAGGUACUCUGACAUGCGAAAGCACAUGUACAACCUUUUGAAUCCUUUGAGGAACCCCCAAAUCUACCAUCUCUAGAGAAGAAAGUUACAAUGCUUUAUCUUGAGAAACAAAUAUUGGCACUUUAUUGCUCAAUUUUGAUCCUCUCAUGUUAUUCCUAAAUGUGUACAGAAGCGUACCCAGGGCAUAUGAAACGUAGCAUACUGUAGCGCACACCUGAUGUUUGAUGAAAUAUCAAGGUGGAGUCUUUCUUUCACAGAUGUGUCAAUACGAUAGAAACUCUGGUCAGAGGAAUGCGUCGAACUGGUCGAAGAUCUAAGCCGGAGCAGUCAAGCAGCUGGGGCUAUUGGCCGUGAAGGCUAGCUGGAGGAGUAGCAACAGCGGCAAGCUUCUUUGCAAGGUGCAAGAGUCGCAAAAUGAGGCCGACGCACGCC